ACCCCUCCUGUCUCCGUUCUUGUGGUUUUCGUUUGUUGUGAUAUGUGAUGGACUCUUAGAAAGCCUACGAAUGAGAAUUUGAUUUGUCUAAUUUUUUGAGCUUGAUUUAAAGCCUACUUUUUCGAUGGGUUAGUGGGUUUCUUCAACCUGAACUUAAUUGUUGAAGGUUAGAUGCGGCCUCUCUGCUAGAGAUUACAGAGAUUUGGUCCAUCCAAUAAUGGCAGAGGAUGCUGACUGCCUUCCGUGUGGAAAGAAAAGAAAGAUGCCUCUUUGUGUUCUUUUCAAGGAUGCAAGGCAUGUUUUAAAGAUGGAUGAGCUUGGCUCUGAGAUAGCCCAAAUUGCAUUUCCGGCUGCCAUGGCUUUGACAGCUGAUCCCAUUGCUUCCCUAAUUGAUACUGCAUUCAUCGGCCAAAUAGGUCCAGUGGAGCUUGCUGCUGUGGGAGUUUCUAUUGCUUUGUUUAAUCAAGUUUCAAGGAUCGCAAUAUUCCCACUUGUCAGUGUCACAACCUCUUUUGUUGCAGAGGAAGAUACUGUUGGAGAAAUGAACACUUGUGACUAUGAAAAUGAAAACUUGGAAAUGGGGUUUGCUCCAACUAGUGAAAUGAAAGAGUUGAUUCCAAAAUUUGAUGCUGAUAAAAGCAUGCACAGUUCAGAACCACUUGCUGGUGGAAAUUCAAACAUGUCCAAGUUUCAGCAUGAGAAGAGGCAAAUCCCAUCAGCAUCAUCUGCAUUGUUUAUUGGAGGGGUGCUUGGUUUUGUCCAAGCCAUAUUCCUAAUUUCUGCAUCAAAACCUCUCUUAAAUUUCAUGGGAGUGAAAUCGGAUUCCCCUAUGCUGAAUCCAGCACGGCAAUACUUGACAUUGAGGUCACUUGGUGCUCCUGCAAUUCUUCUCUCGCUGGCCAUGCAAGGGGUAUUUCGAGGACUUAAAGAUACAAAAACUCCUUUAUAUGCUACUUUGGCUGGAGAUGUAACAAAUAUUAUUUUAGAUCCCAUACUUAUGUUCGUUUUCCAUUUGGGUGUUAGUGGCGCAGCAAUAGCCCAUGUUAUUUCUCAGUACCUAAUUUCAUUAAUACUGUUAUGGAGAUUGAUCAAGACAGUUGAUCUUGUAUCACCAAGUCUCAAAGAUUUGAAACUUGGGAGGCUUCUUAAAAAUGGUUUUUUGUUGUUAGUAAGGGUGAUAGCUGUGACAUUCUGUGUGACCCUGGCAGCAUCAAUGGCUGCACGGCUGGGAUCAACACCCAUGGCUGCAUUUCAGGUCUGCUUGCAGGUUUGGUUGGCAUCAUCUCUUCUUGCUGAUGGGUUGGCUGUUGCUGGACAGGCAAUUCUUGCUAGCGCAUUUGCUAAAAAGGAUUAUAGCAAGGCAAAAGCUACUGCAUCCCGCAUAUUACAGUUGGGUUUUGUUCUAGGGUUGGUGCUCUCUGUUGUCCUUGGAGUUGGCUUGCAAUUUGCAUCAAGGUUAUUCACCAAGGACAUCAAUGUUCUUCACCUCAUCAGUAUAGGCAUCCCGUUUGUAGCAGCUUCUCAGCCACUCAAUGCGUUGGCUUUUGUUUUUGAUGGUGUCAACUUUGGGGCGUCUGAUUUUGCAUUUUCUGCUUACUCCAUGGUUCUUGUAGCCAUAGUGAGCAUCUUGUGUGUGUCAAUUCUCUCUGCAAGCCAUGGUUUCAUUGGAAUUUGGGUAGCUUUGACAAUCUAUAUGAGUCUUCGCACCUUUGCUGGCUUUUGGAGGAUUGGGACUGGCAGUGGGCCUUGGAGCUUUCUCAGAACCUCAUCAUUUUCUUCCUAUGGUGACAACUUAUAGCCCAACAGGAAUUUUGUACAAGUUGUAAAUUCUCAAUGAGUCGUACAAUGGGAAGCAUUUGAUGUCUUGGAGUAUCUCCUAUCAACAUUUUUUCGGUGUUUUUAACACUUGUAUCUGUGUUAUCUUCUAUAUGUUAUAUCUUUUGUAUCUGUGUUAUCUUCUAUAUGUUAUAUCUUUGUAUAUUUCUUCUACAAUUGUUUGGUUUUCUGUUUGCAAGUUGCAUAUCACAGCGGCUAAAAAGAGAACUACACUUGGCUACCUAGUAAGGAAUACCAUGGUGGGAAGAGCUUUUACUAUUUA